UGUGUGUGUUAUCUGGAGUUCAGCGUUAGUUCCCGGCUGGAGGUCCGCCCGCCUCAGCCCUGCGCAGUCAACCGUCAGCAGCGCCACUGGGUGCGGGGAUAUCCCGGUGAAAAGGAAGCCUGUUCCGGGGGGUGAAGGAUUCAGACAAGUCGACCACAGAGCCGCCUGUCAUGAGCUGAAGCGGUUACCUGAUCAACCACCACUCAAAGACAAAAGACUCAGAUGUUGCUGCCAUGUGCCACACUCACGCCCGAAGCAAACGAAAAACUCAGCUCAGCAAAGACCUUUUGGCAGCUUCCUCCCCUCUGAUCGAGGACACCUCCAGCGACUCUCCUCCUCGACUCUCGGAGCUCCACCACCACAGCGUGUCCACUCAGACCCUGCCUUCCUCCAGCAGCACCUCCCUCAUCCUCUCACAGGACUAGCUGUACUGUCAGUAAGGUUCAGUCACAAAUGUCUACCUCACGAUUAAAAGAGCCCUCUCCAACACUGCAACCCUGAACAGGAUACAAAAUGACCUCGAGCAUUGACCGGGAUGAUAGCAGUAUCUUUGAUGGGUUAAUGGAAGAAGAUGAAAAGGACAAAGCAAAACGCGUGUCCCGUAACAACUCUGAGAAGAAGCGCAGAGACCAGUUCAAUGUCCUCAUCAAGGAGCUGGGUACCAUGUUGCCGGGCAACACCCGGAAGAUGGACAAGUCCACCAUUUUGCAGAAGAGCAUCGACUUUCUGCACAAACACAAGGAAAUCGCUGCUCAGUCAGAGUCGACUGAGAUCAGACAAGACUGGAAGCCAUCUUUUCUUAGUAAUGAAGAGUUCACUCAGCUGAUGUUGGAGGCGUUAGAUGGAUUUUUCCUCGCCAUUAUGACCGAUGGGAAUAUAAUCUACGUGUCUGAAGGUGUGACGUCUCUACUAGAGCACUUACCUUCUGAUCUGGUUGAUCAGAACCUGUUGAACUUCCUGCCCGUGGGGGAGCAUUCAGAUGUGUACAAGGCUCUGUCCUCUCAUAUCAUGGAGGGAGAGACGCUGACACCCGAAUAUCUGAAAACAAAAAAUCAGCUAGAGUUCUGUUGCCACAUGCUCCGAGGGACUAUCGACCCCAAAGAGCCCCCAGUGUACGAAUACGUCAAGUUCAUUGGAAACUUCAAGUCCCUGAAUAAUGUGCCUAACUGUGGCCGCAACGGCUUCGAAGGAGUGAUCCAGCGAUCGCUUCACUCUGCCUUUGAAGACAGAGUGUGUCUCAUAGCAACUGUGAGGCUAGCCAAACCACAGUUCAUCAAGGAGAUGUGCACUGUAGACGAGCCCAACGAGGAGUUCACCUCCAGACAUAGUUUAGAGUGGAAAUUUCUCUUCUUGGACCACAGAGCUCCGCCCAUCAUAGGGUACCUCCCAUUCGAGGUGCUGGGUACGUCGGGGUAUGACUACUACCACGUCGAUGACCUGGAGACGCUGGCAAAAUGCCACGAACACUUGAUGCAGUACGGCAAAGGAAAGUCCUGCUACUACAGAUUCCUCACUAAAGGGCAGCAGUGGAUUUGGCUUCAGACCCACUACUACAUCACCUACCACCAGUGGAACUCCAGACCAGAGUUUAUCGUCUGCACACACACUGUUGUGAGUUACGCUGAAGUACGAGCAGAGCAGCGAAGAGAACUUGGGAUUGAAGUAUCACCACCUGAGAUCACACCAGACAAGCAGUCCCAGGAUUCGGGCUCCGAGUCCCAGCUCAACACCUCCAGUCUGAAGGAGGUUUUAGAUCGCUUCGACCACAGCCGGACGCCCUCGGUCUCGUCUCGCAGCUCACGCAAAUCGUCACACACUGCUGUGUCCGACCCGGCCUCGUCACAGAUGAAGCUGCAGGGAGAUAGGAGUACGCCGGGUCGCCAGUCGGUCUCCGCUGUGGAGAUGACGUCGCAGCGGAGAUCAUCUAUCAACAGUCAGCAGCAGUCGAUGAGCUCCCAAAACACAGGACAGAACAUGACUCCGACCAUGGUUUCUCAGCAGCUGCAGCCUCAACAGCAACAACAAGUUCAGAACAGCGGACAAUCAAUGGUGCAGUUCUCCAACCAGUUAGAGGCCAUGCAGCACCUGAAGGAUCAGCUGGAGCAGAGGACCAGGAUGAUCGAGGCCAACAUCCAGCGGCAGCAGGACGAGCUGCGGCAGAUCCAGGAGGAGCUGCAGAGGGUGCAGGGCCAGAGCCUGCAGAUAUUCUUGCAGAAAGGAGCUGGAGGACUGAAUCUCAGCUCUGUUCAGAUGGGCCAGGGGAACGCGAUGCAGCAGGGGGGGACGCUCAGCAUGCAGGGCCAGGUGGUCUCUGCAGGACCUCUGCAGAACAACAUACAGCAACAACAUGCCGUCCAGCCCCAGCCCCAGCAACAAACACUGCUGCGGGAACAGAGCACAGCACUGUCACAGUCUCAGCGAUCGUCUCUCACUCUGCAGCCUCAACAAAAUCCAAUGCCGGUGUCUCUCUACAACACAAUGAUGAUUCCCCAGCAAAGCCCUGCUAACGUGGUCCAGAUUGCCACCACCCUGGCACAGAACACUGGACCCAACACUCCUGCAGUGGCAACGUUUGCACAGGACCGUGGCGCUCAGAUUAGGUUUCCUGCUGGUCCUCAGCUGCUCACCAAGCUAGUGACAGGACAGAUGGCAUGUGGGGCAGUUAUGGUGCCCACAACCAUGUUUAUGGGCCAAGUGGUGACGGCCUUCGCUCCACAGCAGGGCCAGACUCAGACCAUCAGCAUUUCCCAGCAGCCACAACAACAACAACAACAACAACAACAACAACAACAACAACAACAGCAGCAGCAGCAGCAGCAGCAGCAGCAGCAACAGCAGCAGCAGCAGCAACAACAACAACAACAACAGCAGCAACAACAACAACAGCAGCAGGAGCAGCAGGCACAGUCACAGGUCACAGCCAUGCAGUCAGGGCAGGCUCCCCUGGCCCCGCAGCAAACACAGUUCCUACAGGCUCCUCGGCUUCUUCAUGGAAACCAGUCCACCCAGUUGAUCCUGCAGGCAGCGUUCCCUCUGCAGCAGCAGGGUGCUUUCACUGCCACGGCCCAACAGCAGCAGCAGCAGUUACAACAGCAGCAGCAUCAACAUCAUCAACAGCAGCAACAACAGAAGCAGUUACAGCAGCAGAAACAGCAGCUUCAGCAGCAGCAGCUGGCUCCUCUGAGAGCAGACAGUUUGUCUGACCGCUCCUCCUCGCAGCCACAGUAGCUGACUGCAGCCAAUCACAGGCGGAAAGAGCCUAACCCAGGUGUGGGUGUUUUUGUGACGGGGGUCUGAAUAGGAGUUCAGCAUUGAAACGAUGCCUCAGAGGCUCAGAAGUGAGUGGGGAGGUGGGGGGGGCGUGGCUUCCCUCCCCCCACAGGAUCUUUUGCCGUUUGCACUGAACUCCUGAGCACAAAGUGCUGCAGAGAGCCCAGCACCGGGCUCGCUGUGGGCCCGGCAGUCGGCUCCGGUUCUGGGUCAAAGCCUGUUCUUCAAAAAAACAGGGAGCUACGAUCCCUGUAAUGGACCCCCCCAUACCCCUCCCCCAGCCCUCUCCUUGUGUGUUUAGUGUGUGCGUCUGUGUGUGCGUCUGUGUGUGUGUGUGUGUGUGUGUGUGUGUGUGUGUGUGUGUGUGUGUGUGCGCUCUAGUCACCCUCACAGGAUUAUUUUAUGCAGAGCUCUCCAGUGAACGCAGUGAAGCUUCUGUCGGAGCUUCAGGGACGUCCUGCAGAGCUCGUUGUUCUGGAUGUCGUCUCCUAUCCUUGUUUUUCAUGUAAAAAUAAUUAUGGGUAGAAAAUAUUUUUAAGAAUGUGGUGUAGAUUGAACUUUUACUGUACAGAACAUCAUGUGUAAUAUAUAAUGUAAAUAUACUGAAAAAGAAAGAACUAAUAUUUUAUAUGAUGCAUGAAAUGAAAUGUGUAGUCUGUUAUUUGCAGCUUUGAAUUUUCUUUUUUUCUAGUACUCUAAGAAAAAAAGAUCUUAAAAUGCUCAGUGGCUGAUAUUUUCACAGACUUCCUUUCUCCAAGGGGAUGUGUUUGUGUGUCUGCAUAGCAGAGCAGACAAUGUCGAUGCUGCUUGUUGUGUCACAGUUUGUUUAAUCCUUGACCCAUAUUUUCAUAAAACUGUCAGAAUGAAAGACAUGUUUUAAAGUAUUUUUAAGCUUUUUAAGAUGUGCUCAAAUCUGCCACUAAAGACUCUAAAUUCAGCUGGAGUCACAUAUUGUGAAUGAAAUAAAUACGACCAAGGUUAAACUAAACCAAUGCAACAGUUUGCCAGCAUAAUCCUUCAUAUACAUAUUUGUGUAUUUCUAGCACUUCUGCUGAGACGCCUGCGUUGCAUCUGAAGACACUUUCUUCCUUAUAUAAACAUUUAUCCCUUGACAUAUUGACAUUUUACAAGACAUAAAAUCAGUCCUGUUGCUAAUACACUCAGGCUGAACUUGAGCGACAUGAUUGGUGCUAGCAUCAUCUGCAUGCUUCGGCCAUUUAUCUGGGUCAGCAGGGUUCGCAGAGCAGCCCGAGCGUCCUCCUCCACUCACCCCUGCGCCAUCAGUGAGACGGCAGGAGGAGAGAGAGUCCAGUCCUCCUCCAGAGGCCUCAUUUAUUCUCCUUACAACAGCAACAGUUCUCAUCUGCUCUCUGGCUCUGUCAUGCUUUGAUGAAGCAGUCGCACUUUUUAAGUUAAUUCAUCUGAAGCUCAGUUCACUCACUGUCACUUAAAGCUGCAGUUACCUCUCCGGGGGCAAAGCAACACUGAUAUAUUAUGACUCUAAGUUAGUCUAGUGAACUCAUCCACUAGACUGACUUGAGUCGCGUCUCUGGGCCCCUGAUGAAUGUAAAUCCACUGUUCAGUCUCUUUUAGCUCCGUUUUUGGUCUCCACCAACUCCUGAGGGAAAUACCAAUAAAUUAAACUUUAUUAUUCGCUUAUUUAUUACUAUACGGCCAAUUUUACUCUCAGCUGCCGAGCUGCGCAGCACCAGUGCAUUUAACCAUCAGUGUUUUCAGCAUAAACAUCAGGAAAAUUUUGGAAAACCAAAACAAUCAGCUGAAAGUUGCUAAAAUGAGGGAGCAGCACUGACUCAUUCAGCUUUAUUUGUUUAGCGCCAAAUCAGAACUGCUGCAGCGUUGAGCAGUCACAACAGAGCCCGUCUUAAACUGGAGGUUCAUGUUUCCAUGAGCUGUGGUUAUCAGUCGCUGGGACGCCCCUCACUCACUCUGUGCUGUCUGAACACGGGGACCACCCUCCUGUCUGCUCAAUGAAAGUCCUUGUUCUCAAACUCACGAUGACGCUCGGGUUCAGCUGCCUCCUCGCCAUCUGAUCCAGUUCACCAGCAGAUGGUAUGAAGCUGACGGCUCGGCCCGUUCUUCAUCUGAGCUCGGCACGUGGCCACCGGGCCUGAGGAGUCUGGUGACUCCAUGUGCACUUAGAGUGUCCAUGUGUGAAUGUUGUGUUGAUCGUGGGGAAUCCUUCGUGUUUGCACGACAACGUGAGUUUAUUUAAAUCUACUUUUUUGAAUUCUGUCUUUUCUUCUGCAGAGAUGUUGACUCAUCUCGGUUGUUUUCAAUCGUAAAUCGAUCUCAUCUCACAGCCUCAAUCCGAAGCACUGAACGAGUCAAACAUUACUCGUCCACUCUGCAGACUGAGAGUGGUCGUGUUUGGUUUAAGCCUGGCCUUGAGCAGCAAUGGAAAAAUGCUAAUAAUAACUCUCAUUUGUGGCUUACUGCUCGGGGAUACAGUGCUGGACCCAGAGGUUGGUGUGUCUAACAGGUUAAAGUGGCUCAGCCAGACAAGAAACCAGCUCAUGUAACAGCUGCUGUUUUGACUGAUGUGAUCUGGAGACCAGCUCAGUUUGACUGUUUGCUUUUGAUAAGAUCUUCUACCCUCAAUUACCACCUUGGCAUUAAGAUGCUUCACUUUAACCCUCCAGUUGUCAUAAGUUUAAAUCCAUGAAUUCUCAUUUACAUGUUGCUAGCAUCAUAUUCAUGUAACUGGUCUUUUUUUAAAGCUCCACAUUUUCUUCUUCUGUGUUUUAUUUGAAGUGUUGAUCCAUCAGAAGAUAUAAAAACCAUCUCAGUGUAGUUUUACAUCUCCUCUCUCAGUUUUCUAUCUGGAGCUCUAGUAACAACAAGUCGUGAGCCAAUCAGAAGAGAGGAGGCUCUGAGCCUCUCUUCUGAUUGGCUGACUGUUUUCUGAGUGAUCCAAUAAAAAUACAGCAGAUUUCCAGAAGUUCCAGAAGUCCUGACGGCUGGUUUUAAGGCUCAGUUUCUGAAUACAGGCUGUGUGCAUUUCUCUGUGGACUGAGGCUUUGAUACUUUCACAGUAUUAAUAUAGAAGCUAGAGCUGAUCUAUAAUCACACUACACAUGGACACACACCUUUACACUGGAGGAGUUUUAAGUAGACGCCAUGUUGUCACUUCAUGUCUGACCCAUGAGGAGUGUGUGGUUCCCUCUGGAGCUGUUGUGGUUAUAGUUAGCCACAUGCUAUAAUCAGUAUCAGUGUUAUGUUUGAGUGAGUAUGAACACUUGAAUCAUUCAUUUACUCAUCAAUUUUUAAAACUUCAUUUAAGACGUGUGAGGAACUGAGUAUCUUCUUCCUCAGGGUUAUUGAUUUUUGAUUUGGACCCUUUAUUAUUUCUCAACACAAACCUGAUCUCAAACAUUAAGCGGCAGCAGCAGCAGCUCUGUCAUGUUUUAGAUUCACCCACUGCACUCACAAUAUGAUGCCUUCAGCUUUACCAUGAGUUACAUUAUAAUUCAGGACAUAGUGAAGCCGACUGUUCUGGUGAAAACAGGUUCUUUAGAGAGAUAAUGUUCAGUCUCUACAGGAACUAUAAUAAUCCACAUCUCCUGUGACUGUUUACAAUUACUCAGUUAUUUCUUUCAUAGUCCCUGAUACUUGCUCUCUGCUGUCUUGUUUCUGUGCUACAUGAAUCUAUUCAUACAUCACUUCUGUAUCCCUCCCCUGUCUUCAUUUGUGAUGCUGCAACACAUAUCAGUGUUUAAAAAAAAAAAGACACACAACAGUUUCCUGCUGAUCACGUCCCGUGUUUCACAGACCUGAACAGGUGACAUGGUCUUGUGCUGGUGCUGCAUUCAAGGAGCACUGUGGAGUGCGAUCAUAAGUGAUGCAAUAAACCUGAAAGAAUGUAAUUAAAUUUCAUUACCAGGAGUAUUAUGCAUUAGGAGGUGUAGGGCCGUGCGAGACUUUGCACAAUGUACAAAAAGACAACGAGUAAAGAAGAGAACUGAAUUAUUUUUCUGUCAAACGCAGCGGCACUGACUUUAAAUAAAACAUGAAAUUAAAGAUGGAUGUCAAGUUAGAAAUCACGGCUUUAACGCCAAAGGAUCUAAACCAACUGUGACAUACAAACAACGACUGUUGAACCUUUGUCCCUCAGAACGAGCUGGUCACUUGUGAGUUUAUGGUUCUGCAAAGACUCUGGUGUCAGAUUUAAGUUUGAUUCUCUGUGUUCAUAUUGAAUCUUUACCUGCCAGUCAAGUUGUGUCGCUUCAAGCUCGAAAUGGUUGAAAUUGACACGUUUCAAAGCAGAAUGCAGUUUUCAAUUUAAAUACAAAUUACAGAACGUUCAAGGUUUUGGCCUUUUAAGUUAUUGUUAGUCGGUUGUUAAAGACAUGAGGGAAAAUGUUUUGUUAUCCAAAGAGAGGGAGAAUCGAGGAGGCAAGCCUGAAACGAAAGGACACAGUGCAUUGUGUUAAAUGUUGUGUAGUUCUGAUGUACACACUAGAAAAUCUGAAUGUCCAUCAGUGUUUUCUCUCCAUUUUCAUGUUUGUGUGGCGUUUGUGUUUGGCUCAGGAAAUCCACCGCUGCGGUCCACUCCUGCACAGAAACACCUGUCCUUAUUAUCAAAGGGUUAAUCCACUCUAAAUCCUGUCACGCCCCAAUCAGUGAUGGCCAACACCUGCUGUGACAUCACUGACUCAGGUGACACCGGGUAGUGCUUCAAAGUUCUGGUGCCACUUUCUAAUAAAGGUUAAUCAGGUUAAUCAGUUGUAAAAGACAAAAAUCUAUUUAUUUACAACAUAUUAACCAUAUUAAGAGUUAUGGAUUAAACACUGUCAUUAAUCACUUAUUAUAUCAGUGGUUACCAACAUUUAUAGUUAUAUUAUUACCAAAUUGAAAUUUUAUUUUAUUUCUUUAAACAACCUGGAACGCACAAAUGAUUAAUUAUCACUAAUUAAUAUGUUGGUUUAUUAUAUGCCAGAGACUUAUUAUUUCCCAGAACUCAAGUUAACUUCUUCUUAUAUCUUGUUUUAUCUGAUCAAAACUCUAAAAAUAUUCAUUUUACACUGAUGAGAGAAUCAACAAAUCUUCAUAUCUGAGAUUAACAUUUAGGAUGAAUCAAUUAUCAAUUAAGUGGUUACCAAUUUCUUAAUCUAUAAAGCGUUAAUAAAGCUAUUACUUAAUACUUUCUUUGCAAUGGAUGCCUUAUUAGAAAGUGGUAACAAUGUCUUAGUGACUACGCAGUACAUAAACAUUUCAUACACAGUUUGUACUGUUACACACCAUCUGUGGUUGUAAGUGUUUAUUAAUGUAUUUGUCCUCCAUGGUUGGAGGUUAGUUUAUAAAUCGAUAAAUAACAAAAGAGUAAAACACAGAGGUAAUAAUAAAUAUAUCUUCCUAGGAAACUUAGGAAACUAAUAAUGAAUAAUGAAUACUGUACAUUAAUAAACACUUAACCACAUUAUAAACCAUUUCUUUGUGUACUGUUAUAAUUAAAAACACUUUUUAAAUAUAUUUUUGUAAACACAAUAAUAACUGAGUUUCUGUCCCGAUAGAAAAGUUUGAGUUCUCUGUUCUGCAGAUUCACCCCCGACAUGUGAAGAUGUUCAGUUUACAUUUAUAUUCUUCAGCUGAGGCGCAGGGGACACGCUGCUGCUGCCCCCUGCUGUUCAGUCUGAGCUCAAACAUUUUCAGGCUCCAGAGUUGUUGAAUUAAACUCUGCUGUGAAUCAUAGAAAUCAAACUUUUACUUUCUUAAACAUAAUGUGAAAUAAGCCCAGUGGUGAUAAAUAACUCUCUGUAAUGUUUCCACUGCUUCAUUUCUUGAGCCAAACCAUUCAGAAAUCAAAACAUAACAUAACAUUUCAAGGCAAAUGUAUCAUUCGUUUGCUCCCCUUUGAUCUGAAAAUAAAUCCUUAUGAAAUGCUC